GCACGAAACGGGGUUCGAUUGUGUCAACUUAUCGUUUCCCGCACGGACACGGAGACGGACUUUUGUGCUCCACGCUUUCACUGGAAGAGAGAGAAGGAAGCCAUAGCAAAGGGGCGCGAAUGGCGACUGAGGGAGGUGGCGACGAGAAUCCUCAAACCAAAGGGCCUGAAUUAUCACAACCAGCUAGUGGAAUUGCACGGAGUGAGCCCACAGAUGGAUCGCAACAGAGAUCACCAUUCAUAACAUCUGAGCCAUUACGAGAAGAUCAAGUGCAAAAUGCUGUCAAGUUUCUAUCACACCCAAAAGUAAGGGGUUCACCAGUCAUUUAUAGGCGCUCUUUUCUUGAGAGGAAAGGCCUGACUAAGGAGGAAAUAGAUGAAGCAUUUCUCCGUGUACCUGAUCCAUCUCCUAAUGCCACAACUGCUGAAACUGUUUCAACAAGGCAGGCUAAUCAAGUGAGUCCAUCCACCAGCCUGCAGCCCCAAGCUUCCGUUCAAACCGCACCGCCAGUAGCUUCUCAAGUUGGUGCAGUUUCUUUGACUCCUAUGUCCCAAAAACCUAGAUUCAAUUGGUCUCAUGCUUUAAUUGCUAUUGGAGUGCUAUCUGCUUCUGGAGCUGGAUCUGCUGUAAUUUUUAAGAGAGUGGUUCUUCCUCGUUUAAAAGCUUGGAUAAGAAGGGUAGCAAUGGAGGAUAAGGAAGAAAGGGCAACUAAAAGCCUGGCUGAAGAAACAGCUGAGGCUGCUAAAGCAGCUGCCUCAGCUGCUGCCAUUGUUGCUACAGCUAGUCAAGAAUUAUUAAAUUCAAAAAAUGAAGAUCGGAAGUAUUUUGAGGCAUUCAUGGGAAUGAUAGACGUGCAAGUUAAAGAAAUGAAAUCCAUGAGUGAAGCUAUUCAUAAAUUGGAAAAAGCCAGGGAGCAAGAGAAGCUGAUAGAUGAGUAUGUCCAGUAUGCCACAUCAAAUGGUACUAGCAACAACUCAUGGAAACCUUCACAGGCCAACCAUACACUACUAAAUCAAGUUAGAGUCAAUGGCACGUCAACUACCAGUUAUGGAGCAGAAGGACAGUCACUAGCCCCUGCCCCUGCCCCUGCCCCUGCCUCUGUGGAGCCCACAACCGCUUCCCACCCUAAGUCAUAUAUGGAGAUCAUGGCCAUGGUUCAAAGAGGAGAGAAACCUCCAAACAUCAAGGAGAUCAAUGAUACGCCCCCAAAUCCUAAUCAACCACCAUCAAAACCACUUAUAGCUCCAAGGACAAAGCCAUGGGAGAUCACACAGCAAAUUUCGGUUUCUCAACCACAGGAGAAUGGACAAUCUCAAGAUAUUUCAUCAGAGCCUUGGUGGAGAAAGAAAUCUGUUAAGAUCACAGAAUUAGAACCUGAAGGUGAGGAGCCAUUAAGACAAUUGACAACAAAUGAUCGGCCGGCAAGCCAACGAACAUGGGUUCCACCGCAGCCACCAUCUGUUGCAAUACCGGAAUCUGCGGCCGCCAUUCGACACCCGAAACCUUCGCCGCCUAUUCCAGAUCUCAGUUCCGGUGAUGAGAAAAUGAGUAAAAGCUCCAUGAAUAGCAAUGUUGUUUCUCAACAGAGUGAGAUAGAAGAAGUAGAAGAGAAAGAUGAUGGUGUAUGACUUGAAGGCCUUUGGCAAGUUUCAGGUAUCUAUGUCUGUUAGUUUUUAAGUAUUUACUAAGCUCCAUUGCUUCUGCAUUCGAUGUGUAUUUGCCUGCAGUUAAGCAUGCAGAACAGAGCAUUUGAAAUCAUGAAAAUUGAGAUGAACACAUGAGAAAGGUGAUGAUUAACCUGUGUAAUAUAUAAUUAUUUGAAUAAUCUUGAGAUUAUCUUAUAUGCUUUUGUAUAA